AUGCCGAGUACUACAACACCACUCAACAUCCUCAUCAUCGGCGCUGGCCUCGGUGGCCUCUCUACCGCUCUCGCUCUCGGUUCCGACGGUCACAAGUGUACGAUCAUCGACGCCGCUCCUUCCUUCGGCGAAGCUGGCGCUGGUAUCCGUAUCCCGCCCAACUCCUCGAGGCUGCUCAUGCGUUGGGGCCUGGACUUUGAGAAGAUCAAGAAGAGCAAGAGCGAGCGUUACCACUUCUUGAGGUGGGACGACGGAAACACAUUGCUGGAGAUCCCGUUUGUUGGGAAGGAUUACGAUGCGCCUUACUAUCUCGUUCACCGCGCUGAUCUCCACUCUGCGCUGCUCGAGAAGGUGGAGAGCAUGGGCGUGCCUGUUCUUCCGCGCAAGAAGGUUGUGGAGUAUGACUUUGACAAUAAGAACGUUACGUGCGAGGAUGGAACGAACUACUCCGCCGACCUCCUCAUCUGUGCCGACGGCAUCAAAUCCAUCGCCCGGCCCCUCCUUACGGGUAAGGAAGAUAACCCCCGCGAUACCGGCGACGUGGCCUACCGUAUCCUCAUCCCCGGCGAAAAGCUCCUCGCAGACCCCGAGCUGUCGGAACUCAUCACGAAGCCCUGCACCACGUCUUGGUGUGGUCCAGACGCCCAUCUCGUCGGUUACCCAAUCCGCGACGGCGAACUCUACAACAUCGUCGUGUGCGCCACCAACCUCUCCGAGCUUCCGGGAGAAGAAUGGAUCGUCAAAGGAUCCAACGAAGAACUCUGCGCACGCUUCGCAUCCUGGGAUACCAAAGUCCAAAAACUCUGUAAGCUCUCAGAAGGGUUCCUGAAGUGGCGCUUGGGUGAUUUGCAAGAAUUGACCAGGUGGAGCAAUGAUGCCGGUACAGCCGUCUUGUUGGGCGAUUCGUGUCACCCUAUGCUUCCCUACCUCGCUCAAGGCGCUGCGCAAGCCGCCGAGGACGCAGCGACGCUUCGGGCGUGUAUUCGCAAAAUUUCGGGGCAGGGGGUCACGUUGAAGGAAGCGUUGUUGGAGUAUGAGAGGUUGCGUAAACCUCGCGUUACGACCGUGACCAAGUUCACGCGAACCCACCAACAUAUCCUUCAUAUCCCUGACUCCUCGCUCCAACGCCGCCGUGAUGCGGCGAUGGCUGGUGGCGAUCAUGAGGAUUCACCAGUCUUCUGGGGAUGGCGCGAGCGUCGUCUUUGGUUGUUUGGGUGUGAUGCGGAAAACCUCGAGAGUGUUGCGAAGCCGUUGCCGGGGAAGGGUCCGGGAGAGGGAUUAGCUGGGGAGGUUGUUGAGGAGGCGGAGGCGGAAAAGGGAGGGGAUGGGGGUUGGGUCGUUAGGAAUGUGCAGGAGAAGGCUGGGGAGGUUGUGCAGGGGGUGAAGGAGGUCUUGGGGUUGAAUGGCGGGAUGGAGAAGGAGGGGCCUUAUUCUGCUGCUUGA